CCUCAUUGCGCGGGUCUGUCAAAAAAAAAUCUGCCACAUAAAUUUAUCCAGGAAACGCUCCGGCUACUGCCUGUAAUGGUUAUAUAGCUUUAAAUUAAUAUCCGCGUAACAUUUGUCAAUGGGGAAAACCUUUACGUUGAAUGCAGUAUUCCUUGUGUUAGCGGAAACUAAAGAGUUAGGUUACGUGACUCCAUAAAUUGGAUUAGCGCUAAGUAAAGCCAUCGGUGAAUGAUAGUUUAGCACACUGGCUAGCUAGCUAACUUGACGGUUGGGAGUGAAGACAGCAAAAUAUAGGUAUGGACAUGGAAACUGGUCGGCUGUAAUUUGCACGUACCUAGUUAACUAGCAUUAGCCGUCGGGACAAUUCAAGACACGAAUGGUAAUGUAGACAGUUUCGCGUGUGUUCGUCCUUCACCAUUUUAGGGUGUGUGCUCACAUUAUAUACAUUACAAGGUUAACGUAUUUAACCUAGUAGCUACCACCUCGCGUAGAAGUCACUAGGUUAACAACAUGGAUAGCUAUAGUCAGCGGCUUGAAUCUACAACCGGACGAGACAGCAAAUCUCAAAAGAAGAAGGGCUCUUCACACCACAGCACUUCAUGUUACGAUGAAGGAGAACGCAAACCAAAGUUUCACUUACCCUUUAGAAACAUCACAGAUGAUGUGCUGGACAGAUUCGCCAGUAUUCGGAUUCCGGGUAGUAAAAAGGAGCGGCCACCCUUAUCACAUUCUAAACACAAUACUAAUGAUUGGUCCAUUUCUUCAUCAUCCACCUCACAUCAGUUUGAGGAGCUUUCAUCAAAGAUCACCUCAGAAAAAGAGAUCUUGGCUCUGUUUGAAAAGAUGAUGGAGGACAUGAACUUGAGUGAGGAAAAAAAGACUCCUUUGAGAGACAAGGACCUCAACACAAAGAGAGAAAUGGUCAUCCAGUAUAUUUUUACUGCCUCUAAAACUGGUAGCUUGAGAAGCAGCCAUCAGAUAUCCCCCCAGGAAUUCCUGGGAGAGCUGAAGUCGGGGGUGAUGGACGAACGUCUGUUUGCCUGUCUAGACUCAUUGCGAGUGUCCCUUACCAGCAACCCUGUCAGUUGGGUGCAGAGCUUCGGGCAUGAGGGUCUUGGACUGCUGCUGGAUAUUUUGGAAAGGUUGCUGUUCAAGAAGCAAGAGAAGAUUGACAAAAGGAACCAACAUAAAGUUGUCCAGUGUCUCAAAGCCUUCAUGAACAAUAAGUAUGGCUUGGAUCGAAUUCUGGGGGAGGAGAAAAGUCUUGCGCUACUGGCAAGAGCCAUUGAUCCCACCCAGUCUGCCAUGAUGACUGACGUGGUAAAGCUGCUGUCAGCCAUCUGCAUUGUGGGCGAAGAGAACACUUUGGAAAAGGUCCUUGAAGCCAUCACCACAGCAGGGGAAUGGCGAGCCAUUGAGAGGUUCAGUCCCAUUGUGCAGGGACUACAAGAUCGCUCAGUUCAAUUACAAGUGGCAUGCAUGCAGCUCAUCAAUGCACUAGUAACAUCUCCUGAUGAGCUGGACUUCAGGCUGCACAUCAGAAAUGAAUUUAUGCGCUGUGGCCUGAAAGAGAUAUUGCCGCAACUGACAACCAUCAGGAAUGAUGCCCUUGACAUUCAGCUGAAGGUAUUUGAGGAGCACAAAGAAGAGGACAUGAUAGAGUUCUCUCACAGGCUGGAAGACAUCAAGAGCGAGCUGGAUGAUGCGGGGGAUGUAUUCAGUAUUGUGCAGAGCAUGGUGAAGGACAGCAAUGCAGAGCCCUAUUUCCUCUCUAUACUGCAGCACCUGAUGCUUAUACGCAAUGACUACUUGAUCAGGCCCCAGUACUUUAAGAUCAUUGAGGAGUGUGUGUCUCAAAUUGUGCUACACCGAAGUGGCACUGACCCAGACUUCAGUUACCGCAAGCGCCUGGAUGUGGACUUCAGCCACCUCUUAGAGGUGUGUGUAGAUAAAGCUCGAACUGAUGAGUAUGAACAAAGAGCUUCAGAACUGGCACAGAAGUUUGAUGAGGAGUUUCUAAGCAGACAGGAGGCACAAACUCAGCUGGUUAAGUGUGAAGAAAAAAUAGCUGAACUCCAAGCAGAGCUGCAGGCCUUCAGGUCCCAGUUUGGGGCUGUACCUGUGGGUCUGUCCUCUGCCCAUGUAGGACAGUCAUUGCCAUCUGGGCCUCUACCCCCUGCUCCAGCACCUGGGGUGCCAGCACCCCCUCCCCCGCCCCCUCCACCUCCUUUACCUGGCUGUCCUGCCCCACCUCCUCCACCUGGAGUGCCUCCUCCAUUUGGUGCCCCCCCUCCACCUCCUCUAGGGUUUGGUGGUGCUCUAGGCUCCCCCACUCACCAUUCACUGCCUUAUGGCCUCAGGCCUAAGAAGGACUUCAAGCCAGAGACCUCCAUGAAGCGCCUCAACUGGUCCAAGAUUCGUCCCCAGGAAAUGUCAGAGAGCUGUUUCUGGGUGCGGGCUGAUGAGGACCAAUACGCAAAACCAGAAUUACUCAGCAGAGUAGCUCUCACUUUUUGUUCUCAAAGAACAGCCAAAAAAGAAGAGGAGGAUCUAGAGGAUAAGAAAUCCAUAAAGAAGAGAAUUAAAGAGCUCAAAGUGCUCGAUCCUAAGAUCGCACAGAAUCUAUCCAUCUUCCUGGGUUCCUUCCGUAUGCCUUAUCAGGAAAUUCGUCGGAUGAUAGUGGAGGUGGACGAGGAGCAACUCACUGAACCUAUGAUUCAGAACCUUGUGAAGCACCUUCCAGAGCAGGAGCAGCUGAACGCCUUGGCCAAGUAUAAAAAUGAGUACGCAAAUUUGUCAGAGCCUGAACAGUUUGGGGUUGUGAUGAGCAGCGUGAAGCGUCUGCGUCCUCGCCUCAGCCACAUCCUCUUCCGGCUCCAGUUUGAGGAGCAGAUAAACAACCUGCGUCCAGAUAUCUUGGCUGUAAACGCCGCAUGUGAUGAGGUCAGGAAGAGCCGCUCUUUUGGCCGCUUGCUGGAGCUGGUGUUGCUACUGGGGAAUUACAUGAAUGCAGGCUCUCGAAAUGCCCAGACGUAUGGCUUUGACCUCAGUUCCCUCUGCAAGCUAAAGGACACAAAGUCAGCAGACCAAAAGACCACAUUACUCCACUUCCUGGCGCAAGUAUGCGAGGAGGAAUUUCCAAAUGUGAUCAAGUUUGUUGAAGACCUUGAGCAUGUGGACCGAGCCAGCAGAGUGUCUGCAGAGAAUCUGGAAAAGAGCCUCAGGCAGAUGGAGAGGCAGCUGCUGCAGCUGGAGAGAGACCUGGAGACUUUCUCCUCCCCCGAUGACCCCAACGACAUGUUCUUCACAAAAAUGGCUAGCUUCAGCAAGGUUGCACGAGAGCAGUAUGGCAAGCUCGUGAUAAUGCACAGCAAUAUGGAGACACUGUAUCAGAACAUGCUGGAGUACUUUGCUGUCGAUCCUAAGAAGACCUCUGUGGAGGAGCUGUUCACUGAUCUCAGCAACUUCCGGUCCAUGUUCACUCAAGCACUGAAGGAGAACCUGAAGCGGAGGGAGUCAGAGGAGAAACAGAGGAGAGCACGGGCAGCAAAGGAGAAGGCGGAGCGUGAAAAGCAGGAGAGACAGCAGAAGAAGAGGAGGUUGCUGGAAGUCAAUACAGAGAAUGAUGAGACAGGUGUGAUGGAUAGUUUGUUGGAAGCCCUACAGUCAGGAGCUGCAUUCAGAGACCGCAGGAAGAGAGCGCCAAGACCCAGAGAUAACCAGCAGCAGACGAUCAGCCCCAGCUCCUUUCGCCAGGUUCUCAGGCCUGUUAACCAUGCUCUUCAUGUAGAUGAGUUCAAUGUCAACUGCAAUGGUGGCAGGCAGUAUAGCUUUAACAGUCCAGGAAAGAAAAAGACAGAAAACAACAAGGCACCUUUACAAAGGUCUCGCUCUCGGCAGAAUAUAAAUGCGGGUUCAGCGGUGGUGAAAGCUCCCCCUGCCAAGGAGGCCCAUAAUGAGUCUGAGGGCCAUCCAUCUGCAGCCCGGUCCAAGGCUGCUGCGUGUACGGAGUCAGGCCGCAGACACAGGAACCCCCCGGGUCACAGCUACUGGCUGGACAGAGAGAGGGUGGUGGAGAGAGAGAUGGUUAAACCGACUGAGAAAGAGAUGGAGGUUGAAGCAGAGCCGCCAGCCUUCCAGCCGACCUCCACGGUUGCUGCGGUCAGCAGCUGUAGCACCAACGGGGAGUCAGAUGUAGAGGCUCUGCUGGCCAAACUCAGGGCCUUGUGAGGUUAAUUUUUAUAUACAUAUACAUCCUGACGUAUGUUUGUACCCACACAUGUGAAUGUGUUCUGAAUGUAACCUUAAAAGAUUCAAUCUUGUAAACAAGCAGAAAAUGAAGUUGAGAUAAAGUUGCAAAAGAUUUGUCAAGUAUAAAAGUUUAAUAAGGAGACAAAAACAUUAAUGAAGCCUUGUAAAAAAUAUAUAUAUAUUAAAAAAUGUGUAUGCUUUUAACACUUUUCUAAAAGAAACGUCUUACAGGUAGAGCACUUUGGCUCACAGAAUGUCUUCAGAACUUACUUCAUAAAAUAGAGACGGAUUUACAACAGUAGUGAUUCAGUGAAAACAUACAUUAUAGUCUACAUAGAGAGAGAACAUACAGCCUGAUCCUGUACUACUAAAAGCGUUCGGCUAUCCCUAAAAAGGGGAAUAUAUCAUAGCUCUUUCUCUGAAAGUAAAAGAUACAGUGUCGCAUAGCACUUUCUUUGUAAUGCAGAAAACAAUAUCUAUUUCCUUUACAUUGGCAUCACUUAUAAUUUCUUCUACUGUAGCAUUUAUUUUACACCUUUAUCAUAUUAUUACCUUUAUUUUAGUUUUUAAUUACACAUUAGUUAUUUUCAUAUGCAUGUUAAUGGUCAUGUACAAGUAAGAGACAUUUGGUAUUUAAUUAUUUUCUUUUUUCUUCUUCUUUUCUUUGAGUCUUUUUCAUUCCUUGUGAGAUGACGGAGUGUCUUUUUAUAUUCAAAGCAUCAAUCUAAUAUUUGUAUUUUCUAUAAAGAUGUCUGCACUCUAUUAAACUAUAAAUAUAUAUAUAAAAAAUGUCCAAUACAUAUGAGUUAUGACAUAUGAUUGUGCUUUCACAGGUUAGACCAGUGAUUAGAUGUCAUUUGACAAGUUGAUUUUGGUUGACCUAGACUGUUUUGUCUGUUUGUCUUAGUGAGAACAUUUAUACACAUCGAGAAUAAGUCUGCUGCAGUGUCUAAGAGUAUUCUAAAUAUCCACAAUGUGGCACAAGACAAACAAGUUCACCCAGCUACAAGUUAACCAGAAUUGGCACUGAUUAUCUUCUACAUUCCUACUGAAAUCACUCAUAUCUUAAAGCAUAUUUCUUGUAUUCUUUAUUAUACCCUCACUUUUAUAGACCCAUUUACAAUAAAAUAAAUCCAAAAAAGG